AUGGUGAUGAAUCCGAUCGAGUCGGCCUCAGACCCUGGGGAACCCUCCAAAGAUUCAGAUGUUGUCACCAGGUCCCGAGUCGCCCGUUCAGCCACAGGUCGGAGGUCUCGACCCAAGACAUCAUAUCAGUUCGCCCAUCCCGCCGCACAUGCUCGCCACAAGCGGCUGAGACUUCGUCCUAAGCUCCUCCUGCAGCUACAACAGGUGUCGCAAACCCCUCGGCCCCUACCCGUGGUGGAUGUUCUGCCAUCGACGUCUUACCUACCACUAUUGGCUCGCAAGUUCCCGGCUAUCUAUCGGACCAGAAAUGGAUUGGGUCCGUAUGACCUAAUUGUGGUGUUGAGUGAACAAUAUGACCGGACGGUGGGCAGCAUUCCCGAAAAACGCGUGAGCUCGGAGGAUGAGGACGAAGACCAUCGCGAGGUAGUUGCCACGAUCUGCGAAAAGCAUGGGGAAGAUGCUCGACUGAAAGGAAAGGCAGAGAUAUGCCUGAACUUUGGGCCUGUUUGGGAGGCCUCGCCUCUCCCAAGCGGGACGUACGAAUUUGUCGCUCAGACAGAUAGCGGUGUUCAAAUCGUGCGGUGGGCUUUGCGAAGUGGGAGGAGUCGUCGGAUGACCACACCCAUAGGGGCACAAUUACGCGAGAACGGCAAACGCUUCACUUUCAGUGUCAUCGAUCCUACCACUCGCCGGCAUCCCGUUCUCGCUUCCAUGACUCGAAAUCGGUUAGAAAUCAAUGACGAAUAUUCCACCGCUGUUUGGUCCGGCACCGGUCCAACGACUCCAAACUCAGGAAUGUCGGUUGUGAGCGAUGCUUCGGAUGGAGAGACUCCCCUCAAUGGGAGCUUGGUCACCCUUGAUGAUGGACUGCGAACUUUGAUUGUAAUCACCGGCAUCUGGGUUGCCUUCCGUGAGGGGUGGUCAGACAACUUCCGCUACGACGAUCCGGUGUCUUCACCCAGCACAAAGUCAACGAUGUUUCCAACAUCUCUGAAAUAUCCAUCUCCGACGACUCCCAAAAAUGAAACCGACACUUUCCCGAAAAACGAUGAAGAUGGCAAACGCUGCAUGUCAAUUUCCAGUAUUCGCCGUUCCACAACCCCAUCCAUCAUAGAAAAAGCGCAAUUUGGUAGUUUGUCCAGGCGCUCCAACUCCACCGGUGCUGCGUUCAUGGAUCGAGCAAAACGACGAUCCGCUUCCGGGCUUAGCACUCGCCUGAACCGACACAGCAUGUUCACUACCUCGGGCGAGAACGGCCGCGACAUUGUUGUCUCCCGUCCUCCUUCUCCUCGCCAACCCUCCGUUGAGGUGGAAGAUCCAUAUAAUAGUGCUGGUCAUCCUGAAGCGAAAUCUCCUGCAAACGCCCAGCCGGAAAGAGAAAAUUUCAAAUCCAAACCGGGGCCAGAUCGGGAUCCUCUUGCUUCGAAUUCACGCAUCCCACAGCAUAACAGCACCCGCAAUAAGAAGCCAGAGUCCCCACUUCCCGAAGACGUCGCUACCCCCGACAAGGGCAAAGUUCGCCGCCGCCUCAGUUCUCUCUUUAGUAUCUUUCACCGAAAACACGAUAAUCAUUGA